AUGAGUUCUUUUGCUGGUAAUAAUUUUGGCAAUGACAACGAUAGAAAUGGGAGAAAUAGAGAUCAAGAAGAUGAUCGCAAUAGAUCUUAUAAUAUGAGACCUACUCCUAGUGAUUAUUAUGCAGAAAAUUCUAAUCAGGAUCAACAACAUGAUCACCAUUAUCAAUAUCAACAGAAUAAUUCUGAUACAUUUGUUCCAACUCCACCUCUGCAAUUAUCAACUAAUAAUAACAACGAGCAAUCUAAUGUCUACGAAUCGUUUGUUAACAGUAAACAGUCCCAAUCUACUAUGGCUACAGGAAAUACUUAUAAUAACGUUUUUGUGAAUAAUUCUAAUUAUGAAGGACAACAACAACAGUAUCACCCACAGAAUGCUAUGCCAUCUAUUUCUGUCACUCACGCACCAUCGCCUGUAAUUCCUAACAGCAGUCAGAUAUUCUCAGAGUCUAAUUUACAAUAUCAGGACAACCAACAUUAUUACAACAAUAACACGUUGAAUAGUUACCUACACGGUAGCGGUAGCAGUAAUAGCAUAAAUUCCAUUGUAGAUGAAUAUUCAAAUGUAAUGGACUAUAAUAGGCAAGAUACCGUACCUAUUAUUAAUAAUAAUAAAAAUGAUUAUAAUCAUAGUUAUAAUCAAAAUUAUGCUCAAAAUGAUCUGGAUCCGGAAAAUUACUACAUUGACCAUGGUGGUGAUGACUACCAAAUCAAUACAUACCUGGGUAGAGACGGUGAAAUGGUUGAUCCAUAUUCUCUGAAUCCAGAAAUGAGAGAAAUUCUGUUAUCUCCAUAUCAGAAGCAUUAUAUGGCCGCUGAAGAGGAAUCAGAUAUUGAAAGGGAGAAAGAUUAUUCCAAUAUUGCUAAUAAAUAUUCCCAUGUGAACUUAGGUGAAUAUGGUGUAGUCGAAGAUAGCAAUACUAUUGAUGAGAAUAACAGUACAUCCAACGAGAUGUCUAGAAUCACCACAACUACUUCUUCUACAGCAAGCUCCAAUGAUCGAUUAGUUAACGAUGAGGAUAAUUCAGACAAUUUACUUCGCAGAAACACAACCGUACUCAGAAAGUUCAAAUUAUCUAAUGGUAACUUUGUCUUUGAUUCCCCCAUUAGUAGGUCUCUAGUUUCUAAAUAUACUUCUGCCGCAGGUAAUGAAGGUAAUGUAUCAAAUGAGUUCAAAUUUAUGAGAUAUCAAGCUGUCACUUGUGAACCAAACCAAAUGGCCCAAGAAAACUUCACAGUAAGACAAUUGAAAUAUUUUACUCCAAGAUACACUGAGUUAAUGAUUGUUAUUACCAUGUAUAACGAAGAUCACAUAUUACUAGGUAGAACAUUGAAAGGUGUUAUGGAUAAUAUUAAACAUAUGGUUCGUAAAACCCAUUCCAAGACAUGGGGUCCUGAUGCCUGGAAGAAAAUUGUAGUUUGUAUUGUGUCAGAUGGUCGUUCAAAAAUUAAUGAAAAAGCUUUGGCUUUAAUGAGUUCUCUUGGUUGUUAUCAGGACGGGUUUGCUAAAGAUGAAGUCAACGAGAAAAAAGUCGCGAUGCAUGUAUAUGAACAUACUACAAUGAUGAAUAUUACUAAUGUAACUGAAAGCGAAAUUGAACUAGAUUGUAACCAAAGUACUGUUCCAGUACAACUUUUAUUCUGCCUAAAGGAGCAGAAUAAAAAGAAAAUCAACUCUCAUAGAUGGGCUUUGGAAGGUUUUGCGGAAUUGCUACAACCUAAUAUUGUAACACUUUUGGAUGCAGGUACAAUGCCUGGUAAAGACUCUAUUUACGAGCUAUGGCGUGAAUUUAGAGACCCUCAAGUUGGUGGUGCCUGUGGUGAAAUUAAAACAGAUAUUGGAAAAUUUGGUAAAAAAUUGAUAAAUCCAUUAGUGGCAUCUCAGAAUUUUGAGUAUAAAAUGUCAAAUAUUCUGGAUAAGACUACAGAAUCUAAUUUUGGGUUUAUCACUGUGUUACCUGGUGCAUUUUCAGCAUAUAGAUUUGAAGCUGUCAAGGGCCAACCUUUGGAAAAAUACUUCUAUGGUGAACAUAUGGAAGGUGACGAGACAAACUUACACUUCUUCUCAUCCAACAUGUAUUUAGCUGAGGAUCGUAUUCUUUGUUUUGAAAUUGUUACAAAGAAAAAUUGUAAUUGGAUUCUGAAGUAUUGUAGAAGUUCAUCUGCUUCUACAGAUGUUCCUGAACGUGUUCCUGAAUUUAUCUUACAGAGAAGACGUUGGUUAAAUGGUUCCUUCUUUGCAGGGAUAUAUUCAUUCUGUCAUUUCUAUAAAGUAUGGACUAGUGGACAUUCAGUUGUUAGGAAAUUUUUUUUGACAAUUGAAUUCUUAUAUCUAUUUUUUAACACUAUACUUUCAUGGUUUUCUCUAAGUUCUUUCUUUUUGGUUUUCAGAAUACUGACAUUAUCAAUUGCAAUUUCAUACCAUUCAGCUCUUAAUAUUUUAUCGGUGGUAUUCUUUUGGUUAUAUGGUGUCUGUAUCCUAUCAACAUUCAUAUUAUCAUUGGGUAAUAAGCCAAAGAGUACUGAAAUGUUUUAUGUCAUAACAUGUAUUUUCUUUGCAGUUUUAAUGGCAUACAUGAUAUUUUGCAGUAUUUUCCUAAGUGUUAAGUCAUUUCAAACAAUUCUUAAUGAGAAGACAACAUUUUUAGGUGUUAUUACAACUCGUACAUUUAGAGAUAUUAUUAUAUCAUUGGGUUCUACAUACGGGUUAUAUUUGAUAAGUUCAAUUAUUUAUAUGCAGCCAUGGCACAUGCUUACAAGUUUUAUUCAGUAUUUAUUAUUGAGUCCUUCAUAUAUCAAUGUGCUGAAUAUCUACGCAUUCUGUAAUGUUCAUGAUUUAUCAUGGGGUACUAAAGGUGCAGUUGCCAAGCCAUUGGGUAAGAUUUCUACCAAAGAAGAUGGUACAUUUAAAAUGGAAAUCUUAGUAUCAAGUGAAGAAAUCCAAGCCGAUUACAACAAGCAACUAGCGAUCUUGAAAGCUCCAAUUGAAGAAGAAGAAGAAAGUCAACCUUCCAUUGAAGAAAGAAAGACUGGUUACUACGCAAACAUCAGAUCUUUAGUUAUUAUUUUUUGGGUCUUGACCAAUUUUGGUGUAAUUGCAGCAGUUUUGGAAACUGGUGGUAUCCAAGAAUAUCUUGCAUUGAAAUCAUUAUCUGGAACUACAACAGAUGACAAUACAAAAGCACCAUUCCCUAUUUUACCCGUUAAUGCUACUUGGUAUCUAGCCAUUAUACUGUGGUUAGUUGCCUUAUUAGCAUUUGUACGUUUUGUUGGUUGUACAUGGUAUAUGAUAACCAGAAUUCUAAGAAGGCUAUUCCGUUGGUAG